UCAGUUUGAUUGUAACAAUUAAUAACCACGAGAAGAGAAGUUGAGAAAGAAAAAAAGAAACGAUGAAAAUGGCCGGAAGGAUCUUUCUCCUUUUCCUCUCCGUCUACGUCACGGUGGCCAUCGCCGGUAAAGCUCCACCGCCGACAUUCACCGAGAAAGGCAAAGCCUUAGCGGAGAAACUCUGCGAGAAAUCCGAAGACAAAGCGUUUUGCGUUGCAAGCCUAACGUCCCGUCCUGAGGCAGCAACCGCAACCGCACCAAAACUCGGCGUGAUCGCGUUAAGCAUCGCGUCCUCGAAUGCUUCGGACACAUCUUUCUACAUCAAAGCCAAACUAAAGCAAAAGAACCUCGAGCCGGCUUUAGAAGACACCCUCGAUGAUUGCUCUAAGAAUUACUUGGACGCGGUCGCGCAGCUCGACGAUUCUCUAGCCGCUUUGAUGCAAAACUCGUUCAUCGACGUCGAUAUUUGGCUCAAUACGGCCAUUAGCGAUGGCGAGGCUUGUGAAAACGCUUUGAACGAUCGUGCCGGUAACGAUGCUGAGCUUGCUCGUAGGAACACAAACUUUCGUCGGAUCCGCUAUUGCUCCUUAGGGUUUUCUCGGGAUCUCCGUGGAGCCAAUGCGAAAGAGGUUAAUCGAGUGGAGGAGUUUCUCAAGGAUCCUUGUGUUUCUUCUAAGGUUUUGAAUGGAGGUACCGUUCAGGUUAGGGUUCCUAAGGUUGUUCCCGCUCCUCAGGCGGCUUUAGAUGGUGCUAUUUGUUCUGGAGUUGAUGAAUUGGCGGAGGAAGCUUCUGCUCAGAAGAAACGUGUUGCUCUUCAGAGACAAGCUGCUGUUACGGUCGAAGCUGCUGAGGAUUAUGCCCGUAGGUUUGAAUCUGACGUGAGUUAUUUUUUCCUAAUUGCUUUUGGUCUUAGGAAUGAGAGUCGUGAAGAUGAUCUUACUCGGCGUCUUGCAUCUUUCAAGUCUGAGUAAGUCUUUUGUCUCGGUUAACUGGACUUUAGUACUUGUAUUGUAUUAUUAAGGUGUGGGAUUAAGUUGUUGUGUUGGUUCUUUCUUUACAUGGUUUAGGUCUGAAACGAAAGAGAACGAGAUGGUUAUUGAGCGACAGACUUUAAAUGAGAGGCGGAAGAGCUUGCAGCAAGAGCAAGAAAGGUUAUUCGAUGCA